UGAUACCGGCGGGUUCUGUUUCAAUCUUCCAGCGAUUUGUAAAAAAUAAUGUGAUUUUGGACUGAAAAUAAAGCAUGGAAAGUCAAGUUUCAGUCAUGGUGCCGACGUUAAUUUCGGCAGUUGAAACUGUCAUGAAUCCUACAGCAGCACAGCAGGAUCGACAAUCUGCCCAACAGAUACUGGAAGAAUUUAAAGAAUCCUCUCCAUAUUGUGUGCAAUGUGGAUUGAAGUUGUCACAAUAUUAUGAGAAUCCAGUUGCUCGACAUUUUGGACUUCAGUUAUUAGAACAUUCUAUCAAAUUCAGAUGGAAUUCUUUCACAGAAGAAGAAAAAGAACAAUUAAAGAAGAGUUCUUUAGAAAUAAUAGAAAAGGGCACAUUAGGUAUUAUUCAUGAAAAAAUAUACAUAAAGGAUGUGAUAUCCAGAAUAAUUGUAGAAAUCAUUAAGAGAGAGUGGCCGCAGUUGUGGCCAACAUUGUUAGCAGAUUUAUACAACCUUUGUCAGCAUGGGGCAACACAGACUGAAUUAGUACUAAAGAUAUAUCUACGCUUGGUAGAAGAUGUUGUCAGCUUUAUGAAUCUCCCUACUACACGUAGAAGAGAAGUUUUACAAGGACUUACAGCAAAAAUGGAGGAUUUAUUUGAAUUUUUCCUUACUUUAUUAGAAAAUUAUAGAAUUGACUUGUACAAAACUGAGCCCAUAGUUAGUGAUGGUGCACAGUGGACACAAUAUCAUAAUAACCUAGAGGUCAGUCGAGCUGUGUUAUCUACAUUGACUGGUUACCUAGACUGGGUGAAUAUGAGUCAUAUCUUCAGUAAAGACUUACUUCAUAGGUUGUGCUUAAUGCUAAGUAACAAACAUCUACAACUGAGUGCUGCAGAAUGCUUGCUGCUGAUAGUUACUAGAAAAGGAAAAGUUGAAGAGAGAAAGCCAUUAUUAAUACUGUUUAGUGAAAAUGCAAUGUCACUGAUAUGGAAUUCUGCAAUUGAAGCUGACCACACAUCCAAAGAGGAGCAUUAUUAUUUAUUUCUGAAGAGAUUAUGUCAAGUUAUAAUUGAACUUGGCAAACAACUCUGUGCAAUGUGGGGUCCUGUUGUGGAUGUUAAACAGCCAGAUACAUUUAAUAAAUAUUUGGAAGCUGUUUUAGCCUUUACACAACAUCCAGGCCAGAUGAUCAGUAGCUAUACAUUGUCAUUAUGGUGUUCCUUACUACAACAUAAUGUGAUAUCCCGAGAUGAAAUUCUAUUGUCUUUCAUUCCCCGGCUAUUUGAAACAGCUUCAAAAACACUUUACAAGGUAGGAUUUCCUUCCCAGAACAACUCACCAAGCUGUGAUUACUCUAGAUUAGAAUUUGACUGUGAUGAAGAAUUCAAUGUGUUUUUUGCCAAAUACAGAUCUGAAUGGAGCAAUGUUUUACGUCUGUCUACAAUAUUAAAUCCUGGCAUUGCUUUCCAGUUCGCUAACCAGUGGUUACAGAGUGUUCUGUCUAAGAGGAUAGAUAGUGGGAAUGAUGCAGCCAAUCAUUGUACACUGUCUUCUCCCUCAUUCCUGGAGUGGGAUGCAGCAUCUUGUUGUCUAGAAAGUGUCAUGUCCAGACUGUUUGUAUCAAAGGCAGAAAACAAACCAGAACUUCAUCUCGGCGUUGAUCUUCUUCACAGUGUCCUCAGCUUUGAAGCAAAUGAUCCACUUGUAUUGUCGUCUUUAUUGUCUUGUAUAUCAGCGUUGUUUCCCUAUUUAUCACAGACUCCUCAAACCUUACCUGUAGUUCUUAAAAAGAUUUUUUCAGCAGUUACAUUUUCACAAGAUGGUCAAACUAAAGCUACUAGGAGCCGGGCUGUAAAAAAUGUUCGCCAGCAUGCAUGUUCAAUUGUAGUUAAAAUUUCCAAACAGUAUACAGACCUCAUAUUUCCAGUAUUUGAUCAAUUAUAUACUCAUAUCAGGGAGAUUGGAAGUGAUUCAGAACAGUUAUCUCAAAUGGAAAAGUGUAUUUUGAUGGAAGCCUUGAUCUUAGUAAGUAAUAAAUUCUGUAAUUUUGAGAAACAAAGUGCAUUUAUAGAUGAGAUGUUGAAACCUGUCAAAGAUUUAUGGAUAUCUCAGGAUUUUAAAGAAGCUUUUUGGUCGACAGAAAAGUUCAUGUCGUACAUUGGUGUAGACCGUGCUCCUGUAGAACCUAGCUCUGCUGAUACCUGUGGAAUAAAUAGGUCACAUAUAUCAUGCUGUAUAAAUACAAUACUGGCUGUUAUGAAGAGAAGUAAAUGGCCAGAUAAUCCACAGGAGGCCAGCAAUGGUGGUUUUGUAAUGUGUUCAUUAGAAGAUGGAACUGUAGUGUAUAGGAACCCAGCUACCUCUCAUGUCAGCCUCUUGUUGGAGAAUUUAUUAUUUCUAAUGAAAACCAUGAAUGCAUUAUAUCAUCCAGAUUACCUUCAGGGAAGACAUCCUGAAUUUACCAAAUCAUACGAGAUGAAUGAAAUAGAAAAACUAACCAUAUUAGGUAUCCCACCUCCAUGUGUAGAUUUAACCCAGAGUGUAGACUCAAAGAAACCAGUAGACAGAAUGCAAAUAUUUUUAACCACAACCCAUGAUAAUAGUUGCCAUAUCCUAGGAAAUGCUGGUCAGUGUUUAGGUUAUGAAUUCUACAAAGAACCAAACCUUUCACAACUACUACUCAAUACAGUAUUUACCAACUUACAAAACCUGCCAGACUUUAGGACAAAACUUAUUAUUAGAGUAUUUGUGAAACCUUAUGUACAGCAUUGUCCAAAGGAUUGUUACUCUACUGCAGUUAUACCCAUCUUAGAGGUUCUUUGUCCAACAUUUUAUCAGAUAUUAAGCACUAAGUGGCAGCUUAUUUUAGAAAGGACAAGUGAAGAAGAUGACAAUAAGGAAUCACAAGAAGUUGUAGAUGACCAUCUCACAAGGCAACUAACCAAAGAAUAUUUAGAUCUGUUAGUUAAUGUAACCCAUGAUAAAAAGACGAUAGAAUCGAGUGAUGAUAUAGGGGAAGAGGAAGUAAUACAGACACCUGCCAAUCCAAGGGAAGAAACUCUGUCUCUACUAGGUCAAAUGUGUCUUAAAAAUGAGAGUAUCUAUCCCACUUUAUUGAUGUUUGUAUACAGCUGUUUAUCUUGGAGUGAUACUUCUGUGGCAAAUAGAGCUACAGGACUGUGUUACUCUACAUUAAAACAGUUUCAUGCGGAUCAGAAUAUCACCAAUGACUUAGCUUUAUACUUCUUUAGAUCAGUCCUGAAAGGUUUACAUACACAUGGGCAACAUGAAGAACUUCAAUCGUCAUUGUUAUUACUUGGAUUACAGAUUUAUGAAUUACUGAGACCUCAGUACCCAGAAUUGACCCAAGUACUUUUACAAGUGCCUAAUUGUACAGAAGAUUUAAUACAGGGUUUUGAUGUAAAACUUUUACAACCAAAUAACCAGAAACAGUUUAACGAAAAGAAGAAAAAAGAUGCAUUUAAAAAGCUUGUAGCUGAUAUUAUAGGGAAAAGUAUUGGACAGAUGUUCAAGCGAGAAAUUCACUACAGAGAUCUUCCAACCUUGUUUACUGUAUCUAGGAAGAAGCACCUGCCUUUAGAUUCUGUAGAACCUCAUAAUAUGGGACUGUGUGAUUUAUUUACUCCAUCUAAUGGUGCACCAACAUUUAUUAACCAAGAAUUAGACUAAAACAUAUGUAUCAUGUGACUUGUUCAAUAAGCUUUCAGCCAAGCUGGCAAAGAAUUAAACUUCUGGGUUGUAAAACAUAUGCAUUAAAACUGAACUCAUUUUAAGCCUAAUAUGUUUUUUUCAUCAAGUCUUUUAUCUUUGAUAUAAUGCAGAAAAAUUCUGCCAUAUCUAUUUAUAUUAUCAUGCACACAAAGAAUGGAUUUAUAACUUGCUGAGAGAUAAGUUUGAAUAAACUGAAAUGAAAUAAAAAUUGUUGCUUUAUAAAAAAGAUCAAAUAUUUUGUAAAUAUUUAUUUAAUAACAGAAAUCUUUCACAGGUUAAAUAUACAUCUUAUUUAAAA